GGCGGGAGGGGGGGGGGGGGCUAACUAAAGCCAGACUGCUUUGUCGGCCUGCAAAGUUGAAAGGAUGUCCUAGGUGUGAAGCGGGCAGCCACCAGCCAGCCAAUGGUAGACUACGUGAGCUCCGAGGUUUUGGCACGUGGUUGCUGCUUUUGUCCUGUUUCCAUGCUCGGGAAACAACAACGACAACGACAGGGCAAAUGGGGGGCAAAGGAGGAAGGGGAAUUCGAUGAGUAAAAGGAGGACUUCAGUAGACGGGCAGUCAAGAGGGAGUAAGAGGGGGCAAGAUUAGCGGAAGAGUGCAAGGGCACCAUCAGCAUCCCAGAGAACGGCGGUUCGGUACCGGUAGCAUGGUGCCACAGGGAACGACAAAACCCGCCUAACCCCCCAACCCAUCAUCCAUACUGAUAGAAAGUCCGGUUCCUUUCAGUAUCAGUUAGCACACGGUGCUCGAUCCCAACGGUUGCACGAUCUUGGCUCACGCGCAAUACCGGUACAGCCAUCAGCGAUCGAUCCGCGACUAAGUCCAUUAAUCCUUUAUUUCUAGGACUUGUCCUUCUGAUGAAGUUUUUAAUCGCGUGGAUAUCUACAAAGUACCCCUACGGUUUUUCUUCGGAGAUGGCCAAGUGUACUACAGUACUCUUAAACUCAAUAGCGCUACAUGUGCUGGUGUACAGUACCACUCAAUUACAGCACAACAAACAAAAGAAAGGACGAGCUCGGAACUCAACAGAAUGGUACUGUAUCAUCGACCAUCCAAGCUUGAAGCAGCUCAAACAACUCGAUCAUUCGCUUGUCAAAGUGUACGAUCAUCAAACGCACUGAAGGCUCCAUGUCGUCUGCAUCAGAGGAUCAACCUGAGGAUCAUCGGAUUCGUUCUCCUUGUCGUGGACCCAAUCUUGAUCCCGGCCAAGGAGACACAAACAACAUGUUGGACGGGAAUAUCACCACCCCAGUGAUCCUUUCUCCGAUUUUAGCCAGUCAUCCUGAUCCUCAUCCUGGAUCCGUCAAAGGAGACACCAGCAGCCUGACUGAUGAGAAGACGAUCCCUAUUCCUAACCCUGAUCUUGAUCCCUGCUCUGAUUCAAGUCCUCGUCUUCGCCCUGCACAUGGACCUCACGAAGGAGGCACAAUUAAUGAAGUUGAUAGGGAUGUCAUUGCGCCCGUCACCCAUUUUCUUAAUACUAGCCCUGAUCUUGAUCUUGAUCCUGAUCCUGAUCGUUGUCCAGGAAACGGACCUCUUGAAGCAGGCCAAAACAGCAGAACUGACGGGAAUGUCACCACCUCUGUGAUUCCUCUUCCUGAUGCUGGCUCUACUGGUACUCCUCGUUUGGAACCUGUCGAAGGCUUUCCAAACAGUGGGGCUGAUGUGGAUUUUACCACCUUUGCGAUCCCCUUUCCCACUACUGAUCCUCAUUCUGGACAUGGACCUGUCAAAGAAGACCCAAACCAUUGGACUGAUCUUGAUCAUUAUCUUGCCAAAGGAGAUCCAAACGACUGGACUGAUGGGGAUAUCAUCACCCCCAUGAUCCCUUUUCCUAGUCCUAGUCCUACCUCUGAUCCUGGCUCUGAUCUUGAGCCUACAUAUAGUCAUGGACCCAUUGAAGGAGACACAAGCAACACUACUGGUGGGAAAGUUAUCACAAAUGCGAUCCCUUUUCCUAGUCUUGACCUUGAGACUGGCUUUGAUCCCGACCCUGAUCCUGGAUCUCUUCAAGGAGACGCAAACAGCAAGACUGAUGGGAACAUUCUCACCCCCAUGAUCCCAUUUCCCAAUUCUGAUGUUGAUCCUGGCCCUGAUCCCAGCCCUGGCAAAGGCGACACAAACCGCAAGAUUGAAGGGAAUACAAAUACUCUCAUGCCCGAAAACGAAACUAGAGAAGCAACAAUGCCAAAGAUGCCGAAGAAAAGAGGACUCAAGAGCAAGGAUUCGGAUUCCAGUGGUGGUACCGUGAUAGUUGGUGGCUUCGCUAGUUCAACCGGUCGGGGACUCCGCAAGAACAGAGACCGACAUGGUGUCAUCGAGGAGCUCACAGAUGGCGAGCAAACGGAUGCUGAUGUGGUCGUGGAGCGAGUUGAUGCGGAGCAGAAGGAUAAUAGCGACGAGAUGCAGGCAGAAACGAAAGAAGACGAAGAGGAACCUCGAUUGGCGGUCGCUACGGCUCUCACCCAAGCUGAUUUGGAAGACGAGAUCCGUAGACAAAUCAUGGAAGAUGCUGUUGUGGGCGUUGCGGUUCGUGAAGUCCCGGUGGGUUCUCCACCUUCAUUUGAAGGCAAAGAUGAGAGCGUCCAAGACAAAACACUGUGCGGCUUUCCAAGAAGAAAAGUAGUGUAUGUUGCCUUGUGCAUUGCAAUCGUUGUUCUUAUUGGAAUAGUCCUUGGUCUGGCUCUUUCGAGAUCGAGCGACCGCAACGACGAAUCCACGCAACAAUCAGUUUCUUCUCAAACAAUAUCCUUUCCAGCAAAUUCCAACAUGCCAUCAGAGAUGCCCUCCGAUUCACCAACCCGAAUUCCAUCUCAUAGGCCAAGCUCCCGUCCUUCGACCAACCCGAGCUCGGCUCCUUCAACCAACCCAAGUUCUUCCAGUCCCUCAAUGAACCCAACUGCGCUCGAAACUGUUUCGUACACACAAAGCUUCCUAGCCCCCAACCGAAAUGCAAACCCAAACUUUAAUCACUUGGAACGCUUUGGCGCUACACCUGCAGGCGAAUCCAGCAUUCACAAGAUCAGUCAGAUUCAAGUAUACGCCACCACUGUUUGCGUUACCAACAAUGACUGCUCUCUACCAACUGCUACGGUCCUCAGCCUGGCCACCACCUACGUAUUGACUGAUUGCACUACGUCGCGACAGACCAAUGGGGCCUACACGGGUGAUGGAAGAAGCCCCAAAGGAGUUAUCAAUCUCAAAAGCAAUCAAUACAUCACAAAGAUAGAAAUGUUGACGGACAGGUGGCCCAUCCACAUAAGAAUAUGCACCUCCGACAAUGAAUGCUUUGGUCCAUUUGGAAGUUCUCUAGACCAAGAGCCCAACACAUUUUUCGAGAGUCCAAGUGGUAGUGUUAUCCACUCGUUCUAUGGAUAUUCCGGGAGCUGGUUGGACCAUCUCGGAGUGUACUACGAACAUGGUGUUCGCCAGACCGUUUGUGCGACACUGACAAGCGUCACCGUCAAACCCGAAGUGACGAGUUUUGUUCUCAUCAAUGUGGAUGACAACUCCGACAUUCGCACUCUGGAAAGUGGCAAUGAUACGGUUUACUUUUACAACAACUCUACGGAUGGGCCUACACAGCUGAGUAUCCGAGCUGCAACCAAUCCCAGCAGUAGGGUUACUGUCAAGUUUUACGAGAAUGGAAUCAACACGCAAACUGAAAACGCAGCUCCCUAUGCUUUGAAUGGUGAUACCAAUGAGGGGACAAUUUAUGGAGCAGUGUCCAAUCUUGUUACCGUACAAGAUGAUUUGGUCAUCAAGGCAGUGCCCUCUUUGCAUGGUGAAACUGCGGAAGGCAUAUCCUUGGAAGUGACACUGUCGAUUCGGUCGGGUGAUUCGUCACGAUGGCCAUGAAGGCGGGAAAUAUUUUCCAUGCUUGUCUACAUGAACGAACACGAGAGCCUGGUAAACGCACUCAGACAGCGGCGUGUUACAUCGGGUGUGGCAGUGCAUUGAUAGCCUUGCUGUUUUUGAAGAAGAAGACAUUAACCCUAUCCAGUCGUGAUUGCAAAGCCCAGACAAGCUCGGUCCU